GUCACGAGUUCACAAACAGGAAGUACGUGUCGCCUCCAACUUUCCAUGUCGGCAGGACCUGACGACACUUUUCUCGGCAGCGAGAAAACCUCCGGUUCAAACAUGAGCUACGGCGCCACCACAGCGCCCCCUGGGUACGACAACCCGAACUACACCUACCAGGCCAUGGCUAGCAGCGCCGCCCAGCAGGGCGUGGUGGGACCGCAGGCCUUUGUUGAGUCCGACCGGCUGAUCCAGCUGCAGCGUGCCCAGCAUGCCCCGGGAGACGAGGAGGAAGAUAUGGACAUUUACAGUACAAAGGGCCACGUGAAGGUCACCUUUAAUGAGAUCUUUAACGAGCCGCAGAAUGUGACAAGUUUUGAGCCGGUCAAAGCCGUCAACCAGGUGGUGUUCGAGUACACACAGAGUGGCAUUUACAAAGUGCUGUCGGCCGGUUUGGGGGUGAUUCUGGCUGUUGUGUGGGGCCUGGCGUUUGGCCUGUUCAACUUCUUCAUCGUGUGGUUUGUCCACCCCUGGCUCAAGAUGUGCUUCAUGGCAGUGAGGCUCUUCGGUCUGACCAUCAAGGCCAUCGUCCGCUCGUGCGUUGACCCCUGGUUCCAGUCCCUGGGCCUGUCCCUCAGCUCCAUCGCGGGAAGGUUCAGCCUCAAGCUGUCAGGCAUCCCGGGACCGAGAGCCGAGCCCGCCAUCGCCAUUCAAAACGGCCAAUGAGAGAGCAGCGGCAGUGACGUGUCUGUCGUCUCGUUCCCAGGAGAAUAUCGACAUGGCUUUGUCGUAUCCAGAACCGUGCCUAUGUAGUUUCAUGCCAUGGGCUAGGGUUAGGGUUAGGAUCAGGCACGGUUCUGGAUAGUCUCUGCAUAUGCAAGAACGUAGAUUUGCCCCAGGCAUGGUUUUGGAUACGUGUGGACUAUCCAGAACGUCAAAAAAUUGAAAUGUAGGGAUCUUGUUUUUCUACCCGCCUUUUUUGUUUUCGCCCUGUCGCAUUAGAUUUGGAGUCUGUGGAGGAUGUUAUCCAUAACAUUUACCUGCUUUGGCCUUAAGUUGUGUACACGGGAAAUCAAACUAUGAUUCAAAAAUCAGAAUAUUGUAUACGUGAGAUAUCCCGGAUGAUGUAGGCAUAACAAGUGAAUGGAAAUAGCAUACAAGCAAUUUCUAUUAGUAUGUUAUAUUUAAUGUCAUAAUCUAAAAUUCAUUCUAGUAGCCUACUUUGUAUACUAGAGAUUUAUUGCACGCAUAAAAUGUGUGUAUUGCUAUGCUGCCUAUAUAUAUACAGGGCUGAAUCAGAAGCACUACUAUAUACUGUAACUCAAAAUCCUGAAUGUUCCUUAUCUUGGUUAUUGAGAAUGCCAACGCUCUUUUAUCACUGGCAAAUAGUUUUGCUAUGGACGCAUUUUAUGAGAAAAACGUAAGUUUAGGACAGCGAAUAAAGUGAGUAUUUUGCACCAACUGUGCAUUCUCACUCAAGGAGUCACUGAUGUUGUACCUAACAUUACCUUAUCAAAAGUCCCAACAUUAUUAAAAAGGAUGCAAGAAUUAAGGAAGCUUACAGCCUAAAUCAAAUGGUUGAAAACUAAAAAAAAGACUUGUCAGUAAGGUACAUGUAAUGAUGAUGAUGAUAAUAAUAAUAAUACUAACAAUAAAAAGAGUAAUCGUCAAAACAUCUGCGAACUAAGACGACUCUGCCUGGGUUCGAACUCGCGCCGACUGGUCCACAGAAUUCGACCGAGUUCACAUACCGAUUGCGCCACAGGGACCUUCAUGUUUAGGGAUUUCUUUCUGGUGCUCUAGCUAUAGCUAUGAGAAAGUCCUACAAUUUCCUUGUAUCUUGCCAAGUUUUCGUAAAGACUUGUAUCACACCUGUUAAUGCUUCUCAAGCACUUAAA